AUGCAAAACAGGAAAGAAUUCACCAGCCCGCCAAGCUCGCAAACUCGGCACGCGCUGCGCCUCACCUCCCUCAUCGCCGUCGCCAUCCUGAUCGCAAUCACGCUCCUCGUCGUGCUGUACGCGCUGCCCGAGGACAUGGUCGGCGACACCUUCGACGCCUGCCCCACCGACGGGUCUGCAAACGAACAGUCGUGCCCCCCGGGCGAGGCAAGCUACUUCACGACCAUGAGCGGCGUCCUCGACGCGCUCCCCGCCCUCGCGAUGGCGUAUGCGUGCCAGAUCUCCACCCCCACGCUGUGGAACGAGAUGUACCAGCCGACGCGCGGCCGGAUGCUGCUCCUCUACCUGUACGCCCUCGGCGGUGCGAUGACCCUCUACCUCCUCGUGGGCGGCUUUGGGUACUCCACCUUUGGAUCGCGGGCCUAG